AUGGCGGAAGAUGAUCGGAGCAGCGAGGGCGUCAGAGACGAGCCAGUGAAUGUAGUCGAUCGUCUCUUCCUCCAACUGCCGCUCGAUCCAGUCAUAAACUGCGCCAUGGUCUGCGACGGCGAGAUUCCCCUCGAUUCCAUCAAAUCCGAGAUCCACAACUCUCUCCUGAUGCUUCACCCCAAGUUUCGCAGCCUCAUGGUCAGAGAUUCCGGCGGCCGCGAGUACUGGCGGAGAACUGAAGUCGACGUCGACCGCCACCUGAUAUUCAUCCACCGCCGCCUCUCCGACGAUCCUGACGAAGACGCCGUGAACGAUUACCUCGCGGAUCUCUCUCAUUCGUCGCCGCUCUCCGCCGACAAACCGCUGUGGGAAAUCCACCUCCUGGUGGCGCAUAAAACUGUGGUUUUCCGUGUGCACCACGCGCUGGGGGACGGCGUCUCUUUGAUGGAGAUGCUGCUGUCGUUGUGUAGGAGGAUCGACGAUCCUUCGCAGACGCCGACGACUAUCCGCGGCGGCAAAACGUCGUCGUAUAUGCCGAGGCGGUGGAACGUUGUAACGCUGUUGAAGAUUGUUUGGUUUACUGUGCUUUAUGUUUUACAGAUGGCGUUCACAUUUCUCUGGCGAAGAGAUAAAAUGACCGCCGUGAGCGUCGGCGAUGGAGUAGAGCUCCGGCCGCGGAUAUUGGCGACGGCGCGGUUCCGGUUGGACGACAUGAAAACCGUCAAGCGUGCCGUUCCAAAUUCGACAAUUAACGAUGUUCUUUUGGGGAUAAUAUCAAGUGGUCUUUCAAGAUAUUUAGACACCAGAUCAUUAACUAACAGUGACCGAAUCACUGGAAUUGCGCCGGUAAAUUUGAGACAACAUGACUCAUCCAAUCUGAAGAACCUCCAUGCUAAUACUCAGCAGGGCAAUAGGGUUGGAAUAAUUCUUUUACCAUUUCUUUACCAAAAGCGUAGUUUGGAUCCUCUCGACUCUGUGAAGAGAGCCAAGGCGAUGAUCGACAAGAAGAAGCACUCAUUAGAAGCACUUUUCACUUAUGUACUCUGCUAUUUGGUUGCAUGUUCUUUUGGGAUUAAGCCCUUUGGCAUCUUUAAUUACCGUAUCUGUUGUAACACGACGUUUCUCAUCUCCAAUAUUGUUGGACCAGACGACAAAAUGACACUUUGGGGAAACACUGUCAAGUACAUUCGCGUGAUACCGAGUGCCUUUCCUCAAGCGAUAAUACUGAAUAUGGUGAGCUAUGCCGGAUGUGCGGACAUGCAAAUCUUGGUAGCGAAAGAUAUUGUUCCGGACCCCAAAGUUCUCGCCAAGUGUUUUGAAAAAGCCUUAAUGGAAAUGAAGGAAGCCGUCGAAUGAAACUGCCGAAAGGAUUCGA